AUGGACGAUCCGGAUGACAAGCAUAGAUUUGAUCCCAAACGGCAUGUGCAAAAUUUAAGGGGAGUAUACCCACUACUUUCUCUCUAUUCUACACAUCAUUCAUCUCCAAACGUAUUAACUCAAAAUCUCGCUACCUGCUUCGUCUCCCCAAUUUUGAACCCCUUUCAAAACCCUAACCGCCCUCUAUACCCGCUUCGUCUCCAACCCGAUUUCUUGGAACUUCAAUUGGUGUCUGCUUUAGUGACCAACAACCCUUCCGGUUUUGUGCAAGAUUCGUCUGCGGUCAAAGAGGAGGGUUAUGUUUGUUUGGUGUCUUGCGCAGAUUUCAAAAUGUCUAAAAGAGGACGUCCGUCAGUUUCACAACAAUCGCAGAAAGAGGGGGUGAAGCAGCUCAGGAUAGACAUCAAAGACGCAGUAGAUGAUAUCCUGCCUGUGGGAAUCGCACAGAAAUUCCGUGAACGAUGA